UGGAAUCAUUGCCGACUGCCAAGCGUUGAAACUCUAUUGAUUUGCGGCCCGUGAACGCUCACCCUCACACCAUCCCUUCCCAAAAACCAGCAAAAACCUGCAAAAAGAAAUCAAACAAUGGCUGCAUUUUCCAUUCACAGCUACACUUUCUCUUUUAAUCUCCAAAUCUUCAUCCUUUUGUUCCUUACAGCAAAACCAAUUUCCUCUUUUGCCCAUCAAGCCCUUGAUAACAACCCCAGGUUUGCUCCCCACAUUUCCCUCUUUGGUGAUGCCAAGGUUGAAGAGGGAGGCUCCCAUGUUCAACUCACGAGCCAUCACGCGCCAAGUUCUGGACUUUUAUUGCUUGAUAAGCCCUUCAAGUUCGUGGAGGAAAGGAAUGCGGGUAGACCAAUGUCGUUUUCAACCGAGUUUUCCUUUUCUAUGUCUCCUGGUAAAGGUGAUGGUUUAGCUUUUGUUCUUAUUCGUAAUGGUUUUCAGACGAGGUUUCAGGGUCAAGGGUCUUUUGGUCUUUCUGGUGAAAAUAUGUUUCUGGGUAUUGAAUUUGAUACUAAGAAAGAUGAUAAAGUUGGUAAUUUGAAUGCAAAUCAUGUAGGAAUCGAUGUUGGGAGUCUUGAAUCUGUUAAAAUUAGCAAUUUGUCAUCUCUGAAUUUGGUGUUAAACAAUGGGGAGGUGUUGAAAUCUUGGAUUGAUUAUGAUUCAAGCUCCAAACUUUUACAAGUUAGAUUGAGUAAAUUAGAUGACAAGAGGCCUUUCAAUCCAAUUCUAGCAUACCAUAUUGAUUUGAUAAAAAUGUGGGGCAAUGGGGAUGUUUUUGUUGGUAUAAUAUCAACGACAAAUGGGGAAUCUUCACAGAGUAGUAGCAAUGUUUAUUCAUGGAGAUUUAGGGUAAGAGAUGUUUCAAGUUGGAUGCAUUCAUUGCCUGCUGAUCCACUGGGUCAUGUGGAUAAGGAUAGUGAGGAAUUUAGAGCAGAAACCAGGAAGUUUUGUGCUUUGACAAUUUUAGCUGGGCUAAUUUUUGCUACAGGAUGUGGAGCCUUGUUUGCGUUUGUGAUGCUGUUUAUGUGGGCAAUUUUGGCUAGUAGGCACACGGUGUUCCCGGUAGAGUCUCGAGCAGUUCCUGGAGAUUUCAGGUAUGAGAAGGUCAAUGUGAUUGUAGAGAAGGAUAAUCCAAGGUGAUAAGGAUUAGAAGAUGGAGCUUACAAGGUUAUGAUGUGAAUUUUGUGUUGUUGUUGCUGUUGUUGUUACUAAAUUACGUAGUUAUGUGACAGACUUUGUAUUUUUGUUGUUGUGGAUUGUUGUAUGUAGCUGUAAUGCAAUGUAGUCAUGUUUUCUGCUGGAGAACAUAACAUUCUGAACAUUCUGAAUUCUGAUGUAAGAAAACCAUUUCAAGACAUGCUUGAAUUGAAGGCAUGGUGUUUAUAUUUUUCGAAAUGCAAGAUCUGUUGCUUACAGGAGAAAUGCUUCUUGUAAAAGUUCAUAAUCUUAUUGACAAGGUUGCCAGUAGUCAUAACGUAAGCAUCUAGUUCAUCUGAAUGGAUUGUGUUCUAGCUUUGCUGAACCUUUUAAAUCAUCUUAAUCCAUUCAAAAAACAUCUAACUUCAUUGGUAUCAGAGGUCCAUUACAGGUUUCGUAUCCGAUUGAAAGACUCUUGCAUUAUAUGCUUAAUGCUCUUAUUUCUUGCUUGUAGUUGAUUCUCCUGCACCCCAUAGCAAUCCUUUGCGUGCCUUAUUGGGUUUCAAACGAAUCUAUUCGUUCCCCUUUCUAGUUUUUCUUUCUUUUCAGCUGCCUCCUCCUGUAAUAGCAGACCAUUUAUGCAACUAGUGCGCAUCGAAUUCGAGCAGGGGAAGCUUUUGAAAUAUAAAAAGGUUGAAAAUUUCCUUCCAAGAAUAAUCAUUCAUGGAGCUUGAGCAAAAGCCAUAACUAAGGCACUCACAGAAAAUAGCAGAUCAGCAAGAAAAUUUGAUUUAUUCCUGCCAAAACCUGUCGUUUAUCCAUCCCGCCAAUGCAUCACCGACAAUAGCAC